AUGGCUACUGCUGGAGCACUGAGUCCGUCGAGCGUCGCGGAAAUUGAAGAAAAARUGCGUCUCGCCGAUUUGGAAGGUUACCAGCCUCGGAUUGGCACGAGUGUUAGUGUGCCACUUUUUGGGGAGGGCAAGGAGAAGGAAAGCGCCGGCUCGCAGAUGCUCCACAACCUGCUUCCCCCUGAUGAAGCCGAGACAGCCUUCGAUCAGAUCAAUAAUGAGGUUGACUGGCAAAAGAUGUAUCACUUGGUCGGAGAAGUUCCUCGUCUUGUGUGUUGUCAGGGGACUAUAAGCGAUGACGGUAGCAUGCCAAUUUACAGGCAUCCAUCUGAUCACACUCUGCCUCUCCAGAACUGGACCAAAACUGUGGAUAUGGUGAGAGAGGCGGCAGAAAGAGUGGUGGGCCAUUCACUGAACCAUGUGCUCAUUCAACUCUACCGCUCAGGACAAGAUUUCAUCUCGGAGCACUCUGACAAGACGUUGGACAUUGUGCCUGGCAGCAAUAUCGUCAAUGUCUCUUUUGGGGCCCAGAGGACAAUGCGUUUGAGGACGAAGCGAGGAGCACCUGUCAGUGAACCCAACGGCGCUAGGACCACGUAUCGAGUCCCGACACCGCACAAUUCCAUGAUUAUCAUGUCCCUGAAGACGAACGCCCAGUACCUUCAUGGAAUCAACGCUGAUAAGCGACCACGGUGCGAGCUGGUGGACAGCGAGAAAGCGUUUGAUGGUCAGCGGAUUAGCUGUACUUUCCGCCAGAUUGGAACUUUCAUCAGCAAGGAUUCCGACUGGAUUUGGGGCCAAGGGGCUAUUAGCAAGACACAACAAGAAGCACGAGAAGUCAUCAAUGGGGACGUUGGCGAAAGCGAGAGGCUAGUUCGUGCCUUUGGCGCUGAGAAUGCCGCAUCAACGAUCGAGUGGCAGCAAAUCUAUGGCCAGGGGUUCGAUGUGUUGCAUCUAAAGGUAAUACAAGGAGUCAAGGCGUCCCCGGCAGCCGUCUUGGAAGAUGUCUAG